GGAGCGGCCCGGGGGGACAGUCCCUCCCGCGGAGCCUCUGACAGCUGGUGCGCAGUCUGCAGGACCGUCCUCCCGUCCUCCCGUCCUCGGUCAUGGCUUGUGGCCUGGUCGCCAGCAACCUGAAUCUCAAACCGGGGGAGUGCCUCCGAGUGCGGGGCGAGGUGGCCCCCGACGCCAAGAGCUUCGUGCUGAACCUGGGCAAAGAUGACAACAAUGUGUGCCUGCACUUCAAUCCUCGCUUCAAUAUACAUGGAGACAUCAACAUCAUCGUGUGUAACAGCAAGAAUUCCGGAGCCUGGGGCACUGAGCAGCGCGAGUCUGUCUUCCCCUUCCAGCCUGGAAGUGUCACAGAGGUGUGCAUCUCCUUCGACCAGGCAGACAUGAUUAUCAAGCUGUCAGAUGGAUAUACAUUCAAGUUCCCCAACCGCCUCAACCUGGAGGUCAUCAAUUACCUGGCGGCAGAAGGUGACCUCAAGAUCAAGUGUGUGGCCUUUGAGUGAAUCCAGCUAACCAAUGGCCCCCAAUAAAGGCAGCUGCCUCUGUACCCUGAA